AUGGACGCAAACACAAAGGUGAAGAAAGGAGCUGGUGGAAGGAAAGGAGGAGGACCAAGGAAGAAGUCAGUCACCAGAUCCGUCAGAGCUGGACUUCAAUUUCCCGUCGGAAGAAUCGGUCGAUUCUUGAAGAAAGGUAGAUACGCUCAGCGUGUUGGUACCGGUGCUCCUGUUUACCUAGCCGCUGUUCUCGAGUAUCUCGCUGCUGAGGUUCUUGAGUUGGCUGGAAAUGCAGCACGUGACAACAAGAAGAACAGGAUCAGUCCAAGACAUUUGUUAUUGGCUAUUAGGAAUGAUACAGAGCUCGGUAAUUUGCUUGCUGGUGUCACAAUUGCUCACGGUGGUGUUCUUCCUAACAUCAACCCUGUGCUUUUGCCUAAGAGAAAGGAAAAUGCUGAGGCCAGUACUCCCAAGUCUCCUUCCAAGGCCAGGAAAUCUCCAAAGAAGGCUUAG